UUUCGCUGGCCCAGAGACCCGGGCUCCCGCCCCCCGCCCCCGGUCCCAGCCCCCGGCUCUGCCCACGCCCUCCUCCCGCCAGCCCAGCAGCCAGCGCUGCGCCGGGCCUCGCUCCCCGUGCGUCCUGCGGGGGCGGAGGCGCGGAGAGGCGGCAAGCGCAGCCGGGGAGGGUGGGGGGGCAGAGGCACCGACAGAGGCGCGGAGGCUCGGAGAGAGAAGACGUGGAGGAAGGGACGGAGCCUGGACAACGGUGGACACGGUCUCACGCGGGCCAGAGUGCAGCGGGCACCGAGUGCCGGGCACGGAUCGGGGCGGCCUGGGUGGUCUCCGGCUGUCCAUGCACAGAGCGCCUUCUCCCACAGCCGAGCAGCCGCCGGGCGGAGGGGACAGCGCCCGCCGGACCCCGCAGCCCAGACUCAAGGCAAGUGCCCGAGCCAUGGCACUGCCUCGGACUCUGGGGGAGCUGCAGCUGUAUCGGGUCUUGCAGCGAGCCAAUCUCCUUUCCUACUACGAGACGUUCAUCCAGCAAGGAGGAGACGAUGUCCAGCAAUUGUGUGAGGCGGGUGAGGAGGAGUUUCUGGAGAUCAUGGCACUUGUGGGCAUGGCCACCAAGCCCCUCCAUGUCAGACGUCUGCAGAAGGCCCUAAGAGAGUGGGCUACCAAUCCAGGGCUCUUCAGCCAACCAGUGCCUGCUGUGCCUGUCUCCAGCAUCCCACUUUUCAAGAUCUCUGAGACUGCUGGUACCCGUAAAGGGAGCAUGAGCAAUGGGCAUGGCAGCCCAGGGGAAAAGGCGGGUAGUACCCGCAGUUUUAGCCCCAAAAGUCCCCUUGAACUUGGAGAGAAGUUGUCACCACUGCCUGGGGGAACUGGGGCAGGAGACCCUCGAAUCUGGCCAGGCCAGAGCACUCCAGAGUCGGACGUUGGGGCAGGUGGAGAAGAGGAGGCUGGUUCACCCCCCUUCUCCCCGCCUGCAGGGGGAGGAGUCCCUGAGGGGACUGGGGCUGGGGGAAUGGUAGCAGGUGGAGCUGGGAGUAGUCCAGACCGGCUGGAGCCAGAGAUGGUACGCAUGGUAGUGGAGAGCGUGGAGAGGAUCUUCCGGAGCUUCCCAAGGGGUGAUGCUGGGGAGGUCACAUCCCUACUGAAGCUGAAUAAGAAGCUGGCACGGAGCGUGGGACACAUCUUUGAGAUGGAUGAUAAUGAUAGCCAGAAGGAAGAAGAGAUCCGCAAGUACAGCAUCAUCUAUGGCCGCUUUGACUCCAAACGGCGAGAGGGCAAGCAGCUGAGCCUGCACGAGCUGACCAUUAAUGAGGCUGCUGCCCAAUUCUGCAUGAGGGAUAACACGCUGUUGCUUCGGAGAGUGGAGCUCUUCUCCCUGUCUCGCCAGGUGGCACGGGAGAGCACCUAUCUGUCAUCUUUGAAAGGCUCCAGGCUGCACUCUGAAGAAUUAGGAGGACCCCCACUGAAGAAGCUGAAACAGGAGGUUGGAGAACAGUCUCAUCCAGAAAUCCAGCAGCCUCCCCCAGGCCCUGAGUCCUAUGUACCCUCAUACCGCCCCAGCCUGGAGGAGGACAGUGCCAGCCUGUCUGGGGAAAGUCUAGAUGGACACUUGCAGGCUGUGGGGUCGUGCCCAAGGCUGACGCCGCCCCCUGCUGACCUGCCCCUGGCAUUGCCAGCCCAUGGGCUAUGGAGCCGCCACAUCCUGCAGCAGACACUGAUGGAUGAGGGGCUGCGGCUCGCCCGCCUCGUCUCCCACGACCGUGUGGGCCGCCUCAGCCCCUGUGUGCCUGCGAAGCCGCCUCUCGCAGAGUUCGAGGAAGGGCUCCUGGACAGAUGUCCAGCCCCAGGACCCCAUCCUGCUCUGGUGGAGGGUCGCAGGAGCAGUGUGAAAGUGGAAGCUGAGGCCAGCCGGCAGUGAAGGUGGAUUGGUGUCCUUGACCCGCAACCUAGACUUCUGGCUCACACAGACCCCCACACUCCUUCAUUCUCAACAUCUAGUCACCACCCCAGAAGGAUCCUUCCGCUGCCCUUCUCCUGCCUCCCCACCUGCUCCAUGGGCACAGGACUAUGGGGCUUCAAGCAAUAACACGCAGGGGCCUGGCAAAAGGACAUGAGGAGGUUGCAUGGUGCCCGCUCACCCCCAUUUGGGGACAAGGACUCUGGCUCCACGGGUGGGCGGCUGGGGCUCUCCCCUCCCUCACACAUCACACUCCCAUUCUCUAGGUGGCUACCAGAGGUGUGAGCAGUAGGACUCAGUGUGGACAUGGGGAAGGGGGUAUUCCCUGGGAAGGUCCAGCCAAAAAAAAAGGCACCCUUUCCCCUCUCAGAUUGGGGGCCUGGUAACACUGGACCUCCCCUCCUCUUCCUGUCCCCAUUUUUGUGCUUCUAGUUUGUUUCUUUAAUUUAACAAGUGCUGCAGUUUGCCUGCCCAUCCCCAUCUCUCCCCCAAGCUCUCAGCAGUUCUUUUCCUCUUGCCCUCUGGGGGAUGUAGUUGGGGUUCCUUUUGCCAGCCCCUGGGAGACCCGGGUUGGAUUCAGGGUCUCUCCAGGUGGGGCCAGACGGCAGCACCUGUGUGAGCACUUACAGCGUUUUUCUUUUCAGAUUGUGUACAGUAGAUUAUUUAUUUUGUUAUUUUGGAAUAAAAUUUAUUUUAUGGCUUAGGA